CGCCCUCCAUCACUAGUCGAGCCCACUGACAGAAAACACCACCUAGAAACGGAGCAGGCCCUCACGAUCUGCGGAAAUAUGUAGUUAUCUCACAUAAUUCGACAUAUCUCGAAAACAGGGGGUUUGGUGGAGCUGAGCUGUUAUAUGGAACGAUAACAUGGGUGGCCAUGAAGACGAAGACAUGCCAUAUAUUGCGAGCAAACAAAAGCAAGAUGAAGAGUUAAAAAAUAAACUCAACGAUAGCAGCCAUUGGUGUGAUCAGGAAUCCACUGGCAACAAUGCUAAGUGGGUCAAGGAAGGCCAGAACCAGCUGCGGAAAGUAGCCGAGAACCAGCAGGACCAGGAUCAUAACUGCAAUAUCAGCCAAAAUGGCAACAAGGAGGAUUUCGCUCCCCAGAACACCACUCAGGAAGAACAACAGGGAAACGAAGAACAGACCAAGUCUCCUAAAAUAGCAAUGACCCCUGGUCUCAAUCAGGAGGAGUCCAAGAACAUCCUUAAUGAGCCACUUCUCAUUGACACUCUGGAGUCCACAGAAGAGAAAGAGAAUAAGAGGGAAGAAGAUGAUAAGGAGAAGGAAGAAAAAUCAGAGGAAGAUGAAGAGACAUCAGGGGUUACCAGAGGAGAAAAAGUGGCAGAAGCGCAGAGUAAUGCAGAGUCCCACCGAGAGGGCAGUGUUGUGGGGAGGAAUGCCUGCCUCCUCUUCUCCAACAUGAAUGGGACACCUGUUGAUGAAGAGACCAGCUGGUCAGCCCUGUCUCAGGACAACACAGGAGACAGCUCUCCAAAUGGCAACAGAGAGUCCUUCUGGGAUUCCAGUGCUUUUGAGACGGACACAGACCUGCCCUCAGGAUGGAUGAGAGUUCGAGACACAUCAGGCACAUACUACUGGCAUAUCCCCACAGGCACCACACAGUGGGAGCCUCCUUCACCCCUGGGUAAAGUGGGCGACUCUAUAAUGUCCUCCAGUAUGUCCCUGGAGACAACACCCUGUGAGGAGCCUGAGGAGUCUUGGACUCACCUUUCCAAUACAGAUGAAGGCACUGGUGAAGGGGAAGGGGAACUAUGGAAGGAGGGAGAAGUCGCAUCGGAUCAAAGUCUGAAGGAGUUUGAGGGAGCAACUCUACGCUAUGCAUCCAUUAACCUGAACUACAAUUGCUCCCAGUCUGAAGAAGAGGAAAAGCUCGCUCCACUGUCUACAGGGUUAGAAACCAAGUGUUUUGCAGUGCGUUCCCUCGGCUGGGUGGAGAUGUCUGAGGAGGACAUGGCUCCAGGCAAGAGCAGCGUUGCUGUCAACAAUUGCAUCAGGCAGCUUUCUUAUCACAAACACAACAUUCAUGACACUGCUGGUAUCUGGGGAGAGGGUAAGGAUAUGCUGAUGGUCCUGGAGAAUGACACCAUGAAUCUGAUUGACCCUUUGGGCCAGACACUGCUUCACACUCAGCCAAUAGGCAGCAUCCGUGUUUGGGGUGUUGGUAGAGACAAUGGCAGGGAAAGGGAUUUUGCUUAUGUGGCUCGAGACAACCUGACUCAAGUUCUCAAGUGUCAUGUUUUCCGCUGUGAUUCACCUGCCAAGAACAUUGCCACCAGUUUACAUGAGAUGUGCUCAAAGAUAAUGAAUGAAAGAAAGGCAUCCAAGCCGGGGGCGAGUAGGUUCAACUCCGAUCCCAAUAAACCUAUGGUCAUCCCUAUUGAAGAGUUUCCUGCUCCAAAAAAUGAACUUUUCCAGCGCUUCCAUGUUUAUUACCUUGGUUGUGAACCUGUGGCAAAGCCAGUGGGAAUGGAUGUAAUCAAUGAAGCAGUAGCAGCUGCAAUGGACGGCAAAGACAAAAGUGACUGGACUCCUGUCUCCGUGAAUAUCGCACCAGCCACACUAACAAUACUAUCAAGACAGGAUGAGGAGGUGCUGUCAGAGUGCAGGGUGCGUUUUCUGUCUUUCAUGGGUGUGGGGAAAGAUGUUCACACCUUUGCUUUCAUCAUGGCGGAGGGACCACGAGACUUCACCUGUCAUAUGUUUUGGUGCGAACCCAAUGCUGCCAGUCUGAGUGAAGCUGUACAGGCUGCCUGUAUGCUUCGAUACCAGAAAUGUCUGGAUGCACGUCCGCCGAGCCUCGCCUCCUGCCUGCCCACUCCCCCUGCUGAUUCUGUGGCUCGACGGGUCAAGAAGGGGGUCCAGAGUCUGCUGGGCAGCUUUAAGAGCUACAGGUCAGGCUCUCAAUCUCCUUGAGCUGAAGCGAAGAUGAUCCACAGUCCAUUAAACACAAAGCCCAUCACAACAACCCCUUCUCACUCUCACUCAUGUCUCCUCAUCAUUCUGCCACACUUUCGCCUUAUGACUGUCUCACAUGUCUGGUCGGUAGUGUAAGUGUGUGUGUGGAGUAGUUCCUGUGAAAAAGUGUGACUGAAAAGAUUACAUGAAUUUCCUUUUGGCUUUCACUCAAUGCAAUUAUUUUCAAAUGUCAUCUCCAAACAGAUGAAACCCUUGCAUCCAUGGUUUUUGUGCUGGGAUUCUUUCUGUGAGUCUUUAACUAUUUUUGUGUUUUAACAGAAACAAUGCUAUGAAUGUUGGAUAAUGGAUGUAAUAUAUUUUACAUGCAGAUGCUAGAGUUUGCUUGAAAAGAUGUUGCUAGAUUCUCACAGAAAUGGUCUUGUUCUCUUUCGCACCUUUGCAGUUCUCAUACUCUUAACACUCCUCCUUUUCUACUGUCUAAAGAGGUACUGUAAUGCAGUCGUCAGUUGGUGUCAAGUAUCAUAAUAUUGAUUUUCUGAAAUAUCAUCGCACCUUUCUCCUCACCACCUUAGAUUGUACGCGCUGUAGGCGCCUCGUUAGUUUGCCACGUAGUUAUGUGUGCUCAACCCACCCAAACAAUGUAUUUUAGUCUUCCAAAGAACUAUAUGGUCAUCUCUCACCGAGUGAGCAACCACUGAUUUGAGUGUGGUGUGUUUCUCAUUAAUUCUGCAUGAACAUUUGCAAGUUCAGUGCUAGUGUGCAAUAAUCAGAUGUUCCUCUAUGGUGUGAUAAUGAUGGCUGCCAUAUGAUUAUCUGUUCAUUUUAAUGAGAGAGUCUGGCCUGGUUGGGUGCGAGGCAAAUGGAACAACAGAGCCAUGUUGACAAUUAAUAUGUUGUUAUAGAAAUUAUAGUAAUAAAAAAUUCAAACUCUGGGUUUUCACACAGCCGUUUACCACCAACAACUACUGAAUAGUACUGUAGAACCUCACCACAAGCUGCAUGUUUUAGCUUAGACUUAUCGCUGCUCACGGCAGUUUAAUGCUAACGACCCAUCAAUGUAUCCUGUAAAUUGAGUAUCCGUGCUUCUGUAUGGUGAGAGGAGGCUGGAGUUGAUGUGUUGUUUCGUGUUCAUAGGCAUGUCACUCUAGUUCGUGUUGGUAUUUAUCAUCAGCUAGCAGUAGAAAGUUAGACUUCCUGUCCGUUCCUCCAGACUGAAAAGACAGCAGGUUAAUGUUUGUAUUUACAGUUUGUGUAUAUCAGAAACCUACAGAUGAUUUCUCCAGUGGUUUACGUUUUUAUUUUAUCCUCGCCACAUGUUUUGAUGUGUGUGGACCCUGGCCACUCCGAGUAAUGUAUUUUUUAUUAUUUCCACACACUAAAAUGUACACAGUUAAGAUGAUUUUUCUCAUUAGCCUGUUAGAUUUACUUUUUAUAAAGAUGAAACUAAUUAGACAACUUGUACUUUAUCUUUGUGAGUCUGUCAGUGAUCAAUACUGUAUGUAGCACAAUAGUAAUAGUCAUCUCUAAUGUCAAAGAUGCAGUUGGUAAGACUUUUUGUUAUGGUGACCUCUGUAGGGUACUCAUUAGCUACGUAUGGCUGAACUCGGGUCAACUUGCUCAACAUCCUCAGGCAAACUGACCUCACUACAGAAAAAAACAGAUGUGCCUACAGGCAGAACUGCACCAGAAUGCAUCCACUCAGUCCACUAAAUACAAUAUUUUGCAAAGGCUCAUGUACUGUAGAUUACAAGUGUGCAUUUUAAAACACUAUUGCUUGUUUUGUGUUUGUAAAAGAUAAUGAAAACUCUUACCGACUGCUUCUUUUUAUGUGUAUUGUAUCAACACUAAUGAAAACUAGACUACAUUGACUCAUUCUACUGCCUUGUCACUCAUGUGUCACUUGGGAUUAUUGUGCUUUUUCUCCUUCAAAGAUUGCUGUGUCCGGUGGCAACACUAAAGCCAGAUGAGUUAAACAUUAGCAGAUUAAUUUAUUUCUGUUCAUGUAAAUUAGGUGUAUAAAAUGUAUGUAUAUAAAAGUCACUGCACAAUAAAUGUGAAGAUAUAAUGGUG